GACCCUUCUGUUUCUGUGAAGAAGGAUGUACAGCCAUUUCCAGCUCUUUACGUGGGGACUGAGGGUUCAAACUCACAUGGCCUUGCUGCGGAGUAGGCACUCUCACCCACGGAGCCAUCUUCAGCCCACAUAACACCUUUGACCUUGUAACUUCUUUGCAUUGUAUUGAAGCUAAUAUCAGUUUGGAUGAAUUCAGUUUUUCCUUUGGGUGGUAGAAACCACAUCUGAGCUGUCCUAGCAGCUCUCUGAUGACUUCAGUGAGGGCUUUCAUCCCAGCACUCAGAAAGUGGAGAUGAAUCGUUGAAGCUCACAUAGUGAGUUUGAGGCUAGCCUGGACUACAUGAGAGCCUGUCUCAAAAACAAAAUAAAAGAAAAUGAGAAGACAUCAUUUAAAACUUGCCUUGCCAGGCAUUGCUGAUGUUUUGUGACCACACUGUCUGGCAGUCUUAGCAUUGUGUUUCAGUCGUUCCUUGACUGCCCGCAUCCUCCAGUGAGCUUUGAAGUGUUAACAUUCUGUGUUGGAAUAUGUCUGUGCUUUCAGUUAACUGACCUCUUUCCAUUUGGAAGAGGUGUUACGUUUCUGUUCUGUGGUUGAAACCUAAAGGUGUGUGUGUGGUUAGAAAUGAAGUCUUUCAGCUUAAAGAAUGUUAAGGUUUGUGCAUCCAAGAGCUCUGUACACCUGCGUCAGCCGUGCUCUUUAGGCCAGGGCAGAAGGAAGAUGAAGCUUCUGGAGGAGCGACCGUCCCCGCUUUCCAUUGGCAACGGAGAAUACUUUUGGACAAGUAAAGACACGCUGUGGGAUUAUGUGCAGACGCUGUCUGAUCAGGGAGCCGAGAAACAUGAAGGGGCAGGCCAGUCAUCUGGGGUCACUGACCAGGAGAAGGAGCUGUCUACCAGUGCUUUCCAGGCCUUCACAUCUGGAAAUUAUGAUGCCUGUCUGCAACACCUUGCCUGUCUCCAAGAUAUAAACAAAGAUGAUUACAAAAUAAUUUUGAAUACAGCAGUAGCUGAAUUUUUUAAAAAUAAUCAAACAACAACAGACAAUUUGAGACAAACACUUAACCAGCUGAAGAAUCAGGUUCACUCAGCUGUUGAAGAGAUGGAUGGAUUAGAUGACGUUGAAAACAGCAUGUUGUAUUAUAAUCAAGCAGUCAUUCUUUAUCAUCUGCGGCAGUAUACAGAGGCCAUAUCUGUUGGUGAAAAGCUUUAUCAGUUUAUAGAACCAUUUGAAGAAAAAUUUGCCCAAGCAGUGUGCUUUCUGCUUGUGGACUUGUAUAUAUUAACCCACCAAGCUGAGAAAGCUCUGCAUCUUCUUGCUGUCCUAGAAAAAAUGAUAUCACAGGGCAGCAGCAACAAAAACGGGAAGAACGAGACUGGCAAUAACAGCAGCAAAGAUGGAUCUAAUCCUAAGGCUGAGAGUGGAGCACUAAUAGAGGCUGCAAAGUCCAAGAUUCACCAGUACAAAGUCAGAGCAUACAUCCAGAUGAAGUCCCUGAAAGCGUGCAAACGGGAAAUCAAGUCUGUCAUGAACACAGCUGGAAAUUCUGCACCCUCCCUGUUUCUUAAAAGCAAUUUUGAGUACUUAAGGGGCAAUUAUCGAAAAGCAGUGAAGCUGUUAAAUAGUUCAAACAUUGCCGAGCAUCCAGGCUUCAUGAAAACAGGUGAAUGCUUGAGGUGCAUGUUCUGGAAUAAUCUUGGUUGCAUCCAUUUUGCCAUGAGCAAGCACAAUUUGGGGAUUUUCUACUUUAAGAAGGCUCUGCAAGAAAAUGACAAUGUCUGUGCCCAACUCAGUGCAGGUGGCUCUGAUCCAGGCAAAAAGUUUUCUGGAAGACCCAUGUGUACAUUGCUAAGCAACAAAAGGUAUGAGCUGCUCUAUAACUGUGGGAUCCAGCUGCUACACAUCGGGAGGCCUCUUGCAGCCUUCGAGUGUCUGAUUGAAGCUGUUCAGGUUUAUCAUGCAAAUCCCCGGCUUUGGCUACGACUGGCUGAAUGCUGCAUUGCUGCCAAUAAAGGGACUUCUGAGCAAGAAACUAAAGGUCUUCCUACCAAAAAGGGAAUUGUACAGUCUAUUGUUGGUCAAGGAUAUCACCGUAAGAUCGUUCUGGCAUCACAGUCUAUUCAGAACACUGUCUACAAUGAUGGGCAGUCUUCAGCUAUUCCUGUAGCAAGUGUGGAGUUUGCAGCCAUCUGUCUCAGAAAUGCCUUGUUGCUAUUACCCGAAGAACAGCAAGACCCAAAGCAGGAAAAUGGCUCCAAGAACAGCAGCCAGCUAGGAGGAAACACCGAAAGCAGCGAGAGCAGUGAGCCGUGCAGCAGUAAAAGCCAUGAUGGAGAUAAGUUCAUCCCAGCUCCACCUUCUUCUCCACUGAGGAAGCAGGAAUUAGAAAACCUAAAGUGCUCCAUCCUUGCUUGCAGUGCUUACGUGGCUCUAGCCUUAGGUGAUAACCUCAUGGCUUUGAAUCAUGCAGACCAGCUCCUCCAGCAGCCCAAGCUGUCGGGCUCUCUUAAGUUUUUGGGCCAUUUAUAUGCUGCAGAAGCCCUCAUCUCUCUCGACAGAAUAUCUGAUGCCAUUACACACCUGAAUCCAGAGAAUGUCACUGAUGUCUCCUUAGGGAUCUCCUCAAAUGAGCAGGACCAAGGAUCAGACAAGGGUGAAAAUGAAGCAAUGGAAUCCUCCGGCAAGCGCGCCCCUCAGUGCUACCCCAGUUCUGUCAACUCUGCCCGGACUGUGAUGCUCUUCAAUCUGGGCAGUGCCUACUGCCUGAGGAGCGAGUAUGAUAAAGCCCGGAAGUGUCUGCACCAGGCGGCUUCAAUGAUCCAUCCUAAAGAGGUGCCCCCUGAGGCCAUCCUGCUGGCGGUCUACCUUGAACUGCAGAACGGCAACACACAGCUGGCCCUGCAGAUGAUCAAGCGGAACCAGCUGCUCCCCACAGUGAAGGCCCACUCCGAUGUGAGGAAGAAGCCCGUGUUCCAGCCUGUGCAUCCCAUCCAACCCAUCCAGAUGCCCUCAUUCACCACCGUGCAGAGGAAGUGAGAGCUUGCUUUGGGGGAACUGUUAACUUGAGGCCCAGGGCGUGGUCAGCGGCCUCUCGGCUGUCCUACAGGACAGCCAAUAAAGAAAACAGGUGGGAAGGUGCUGCCUUUGAAAACAGUUUGAGACUGUUGGACCCCACUGGAAUUUUUGCCAGAGGUUUACUUAAAAUUAAGGACUAAUAAACCCACUUUCCGUUUUUAUUUGCGAGACUUUUACUUCUGACCCAUUAUGUGGUAUGUCUGUGUCCAGGCAUUAAAAAUGUUCUUUUCAGAACAGUGUUGUCAUCUUUCUUUCCGCCGUUGGAAUUAUCUAGUGAGAGUUAAUGUCAAAACUGUAAAAAAAAAAAAAAAAGACCAACAGAACAGAGCAUCAGCUCUAGUCAGUCCAGAAACUGACCCUGGGGUAAAGGAGAUAGAGUAGAUUCAUGCUCACCCACAGGGUCUGUCUUAGUCACUGUUCUGUUGUUGUGAAGAGAUGCCAUGACCAAGGCAACUUAAGAAAGU